ACAUCUUUGAGCUUGGACAUAAAGAACCUGGCAGGUGCGAUGCGGAGCGGGGAAGAAGGGAGGGAGGCGACACUAAGCAGGCGGGUGGUGGGUGCUAUGUAUUCUAUGCGUCAUGAGGUGCAUGUUGGAGUCGGAACGGUAAGCAAGGAGGGCCCGGCAGGCGCGGGGCAUGAAUGCGGGUCGAGAAAACGCCUAAGAAUAUCAGAAAUCAAUCGUGGGAGAACGGGCGCUACUAUUCUACCGGCCGAGAGAAAGGCGCGGCGUGACCCAGCAUACCCGAGGUAGCAGGCGUUUUUACGUGGUUCAACGGGGAGGAAGGGGAGAAGCAUGCACACGUUGCUGGCGUUGUUGUGGCGAAAGCCUGUUCACAUGGUGCUGAAAUUACGUUUAUUACUAGUCGUUUGGCUUGUUGAGGGCGACGUGCAAAGGAAUAACGGAAGUAGUCUAGAGCACGGCAGGGGGGUUUUGGCCCACGAAAGGAGUGUUUCGUCCCCACUGCUGUUCGGAGGCUGUUGCUGUGCUAUUGGUAUG